GACGAUCAUCAUCCCUACAGCAAGGUAAGAAUCAUUCUUAAAAAAAAAAAAAAAGUUAACAUAUGAUGUUAUCCAAUGUAGAUAAUCAACAACCUUAUGGAGAAGGUAUUCAACCUCACUGGAUCAUCGUAGCCACUGUUUGUAUCAUCUUGGGCCUUUUUUUCGUUUUUGCUGCUUUUCAAUAUUUUAUGUAUACAAUGGGUGCGGUUGGAUUCAUCUUUGCCAGCUCAGUCACAUGGUUGAUUUUAACAUUGGCAGAACCAAAGGAAGGGUAUCCAUCGGUUGGACUUGUGUACGUGGGCAGUUGUAUGGGAGCAGGGCUAGUGGUUUCUCUUUUAGCGAUGUAUUUUUGGCCAAUCACACUUCCAUUGAUGGGCUGGUUGGCAGGCUUUGUCCUUGGGAUGUAUGUCUAUAUGUGGCGUGAAGAUCAUAUCUUACUCAAUAUCUAUGCUCGGAUGUUCACGGCGGCAGGCAUGGGCACCAUCAUGGCAAUACUGACAUAUAUAGUGGAAUCGAUGAUCGUGGUCUUAGCUACAUCCGUCCUGGGUGGGUUUUUAUUUAUCUUGGGAAUCGACAUGUUGGUGCAUACCGGUCUUGUUCAGGCCAUUCGUUCUUUAUUCAAUGCCAAUCCUUUUCAUACCGUGGUGUAUCAUGUGGAUCAUAAAAUCUAUGCUAUGCUCAGUGCCAUCUUGGUCAUUAUCUUCAUCAGUGUGGCUUUACAAAUGCAUGUUCAUAAUGGUAGGCGAUUUGGUAUCAAUCUUAUCCCAGUGUUGGAACCUCCAGUUCAAGGUUAAAAAAAAAAAAGGAUUUCAGUUCAUGCUGAUUCCAUAUCGG